GUACCUGUGUGGAGGGGGAGAUGAAAUGUUCCAAUGAACGCUGCAUAUCUAUGUACCUGGAAUGUGACGGAUGGAACAACUGCGGGGAUGACUCCGAUGAGUGUCAAUUAACGACGCUCAUCAUCCUUGCCGUUGUCAUCAGCUUCAUUUUCGUUACUCUCAUCGCUACGUCCAUGGUCAUGUGUGUACGGCGGAGACAGAAGAGCAAGGUGAAGAAGGAGAAGAUAAAGGACCCGUCGUUAUCCUGUAUUCACGACCAGAUCCAUACUAUACAUUCCCGGGGGCAGGACGACAAGGUCCAGGACUGCACAGCGAAAGGCGGCACACUUACUCGCAGCGCAGAGGGAUUACCAUGGUAACCAGUAGGACUGUUGUGACAGGACACGGUCGGUAGAAAUUUCAUGGCAGAACCGAGUCAAUUUGAAAUACCAUGGUAGAAUUUAGUCGACAGAAAUACUAUGGAAGAUCCAUUUCGAUCAAGAUGGCAAUAUAAUAAUGUCGAUAAAAUUUACUUUGGCAGAACCCUGUCAGCAGAAAUACUAUGGCGAAACCAUGUCGGUACCUAGCAAUACCAUGGCAUAAUACUGUCUAUAGAAAUACUAUAGCAAAGCCUUGUAAAUACCACGGCAGAACAUCAACAUCACAGGUCAAUCAUACGGAAACCCUGUCUGAAGGAGAGCUUAUCGAAUAAAUCCCCAUCAAUGGUAUAAAAGACGCUAGAGGUUUGUCACAGCAAAGAGGAAACUAGUAAAGAAUUUGUUGACCAGAAAAUACAACAUAGUACAAAAUACAUCGUUUCAUCUAUCGAGUAGCCUCCCUUUACCGUGGUUACAGGUGUAAACAGCUGUAGAUACAGUAUUUAUUCUAUAUAAGCACUAAAGGGAAGAAAUAUACAUGAAGUGUGUCAUUUAUAUAGAAAGGAAAAUACACAAAAAUAUGAUACGCUUAAAAUACCAUGUAUACAACCUGUCAGUCCACGUCCUAUGUCGUUAUUAGAGCGUUAUAUACACUCUGGUUACUCGAUGAAGCUUAACAAUGAUAUAAUGCAUCAACAGUAUUUGUUUUAUGAUUAUCAAAGAAUCAGUUGUCAUGUAGUUAAUUCUUAUUGUGUUAUCGUGUCGUGUUGCUAAUUAAAUUAUGUUGUCGAAUUGUUUAUUAUAUAAUUUAAUCGUUUUGUUCAUUGUAUUAUGUUGUCGUGUUGGUCAUUAUAUUAUUUUGUCGUGUUGUUCAUUAUAUUAUGUUGUAGUGUUGUUCAUUAUUUUGUUGUCGUGUUGUUCAUUGGAUUAUGUUGUCCAUUGUAUUAUAUCGUCGUGUUG